AAAAAAAAAAAAAAAAAAAAAAAUAUGCACGAGAAACACAUAGCAAAAAAUAAGUUCAAAAUUCUCUAGAGUAAAUUGGUAACGAAAUCCAAACGUUCACAACAAUAGCAAGAGCAACAGUAAAUUUGUAUUGAAUUGAUAUUUUUGAUCCGAAAUCUCUACGGUGCCAGUCUUUAGCUAAAAAUCUUAUAGUGUUUGCGGGCGCGCUUGUGUCGAUGUGUGUGUGUGUGUGUGUGUGUGUGUGCGCGCAUAAGGAAAUUAAAGAAGAAUAGUAAUAAAUAAGUAAAUACGACUUACAUGCUACAGUGGAUUAGUGUGUUAUUUGAAGCCUAAAUUCGUGUGUCAUUGUGUUACCGUGUUUUUGCAAUUUAUUGUUAGUGUUCAAUCUAUUUGUUCGUGUUUUGUUUUUUUUUUCUUAAGACGUUGUUUACAAAUCCAUUUUCAAACUGCGUUCCGACGAGCCUGUGCCGGGCUUCAGCUCGGCCUCACCAUGGCCUACGCUCGAUUUAGAAUGGGGUCGCAAACUAUAUCCCACGGCUGCUCCACGGACAGCCAGUGGCUUAACUAUGUUCGGUUUACCACCAACGGCGGCCGAUAUGAAUCAACCACGCGGACCCAUGACCUCGUUAAAAGAAGAACCAUUAGGCGCUCGCGCUUGGAUGCAGCCGGUGGUUGAUCAAAGCAAUUUGGGUAUCGGUCGAGCGCAUUUUGAAAAACAGCCGCCCAGUAAUUUAAGGAAAUCAAAUUUUUUUCAUUUUGUGAUUGCGUUAUACGAUCGUGCCGGUCAGCCUAUUGAAAUCGAAAGAACUGCAUUUAUUGGUUUCAUUGAGAAGGAAUCGGAAACCGAUACAACGAAAACUAAUAAUGGCAUACAAUACAGAUUACAGUUACUUUAUGCUAACGGUGCUAGACAAGAACAGGACAUAUUCGUUAGGCUCAUUGACUCUGUUACAAAGCAAGCUAUUAUCUACGAGGGUCAAGAUAAAAAUCCAGAAAUGUGCAGGGUUUUAUUAACACAUGAAGUAAUGUGCAGUCGCUGUUGUGACAAAAAAAGUUGCGGUAACCGCAAUGAAACACCAUCGGAUCCUGUCAUUAUUGAUCGAUUUUUCCUGAAAUUCUUUUUAAAAUGCAACCAAAAUUGCUUAAAAAAUGCAGGCAACCCAAGGGAUAUGCGCAGAUUUCAGGUUGUCAUAUCCACGCAAGUGAGCGUUGAGGGUCCAUUGUUGGCCAUUUCGGAUAAUAUGUUCGUGCAUAACAAUUCAAAGCACGGCCGGAGGGCAAAACGUUUGGAUACCACGGAAGGUACAGGCAAUAGUUCCCUGUCCAUAACGGGACAUCCCUUAGCGCCUGACAGUACCUAUGAUGGUCUAUAUCCGCCUUUGCCAGUGGCUACACCUUGCAUUAAAGCCAUAUCACCAAGCGAAGGGUGGACGACAGGUGGCGCCACCGUUAUUAUAGUGGGUGAUAAUUUCUUUGAUGGCCUUCAAGUGGUGUUUGGCACCAUGCUGGUAUGGAGCGAGUUAAUCACUUCUCAUGCUAUACGAGUUCAAACCCCGCCACGUCAUAUACCCGGUGUAGUUGAAGUCACCUUAUCAUAUAAGAGUAAACAAUUCUGCAAAGGAUCACCCGGUCGCUUUGUCUACGUUUCCCUUAACGAACCGACCAUUGAUUAUGGUUUUCAGCGAUUACAAAAGUUAAUACCACGUCAUCCUGGUGAUCCGGAAAAAUUACAAAAAGAAAUUAUUCUAAAAAGAGCAGCUGACUUAGUAGAAGCUUUAUAUUCAAUGCCAAGAUCGCCUGGUGGCUCGACUGGUUUUAACUCCUACGCCGGCCAGUUGGCUGUGAGUGUACAAGAUGGUACCGGCCAAUGGACCGAAGAUGAUUAUCAACGGGCACAAUCGAGUAGCGUUAGUCCACGCGGUGGCUAUUGUAGCAGUGCUUCCACACCCCACAGUUCAGGGGGCUCGUACGGUGCAACUACAACGGCAGUCGCCGCGGCCGCUUCAAAUGGCUAUGGACCAACACCCAAUAUGGGCACAUUAUCAUCAUCUCCGGGCAGUGUGUUUAAUUCAACAUCAAGAGUUAGCAGCCUAAGCUUUAAUCCGUUCACUCUGCCCACUUGUAAUACACAAGGUUAUAGCAGCAGCAACAGCGUUAGCAGUCAAUUGGUUACAUCAACAAAAUAAUAUUAUUAUUAAAUUGGUAAACUUUUAUACACAAAAAAUUUUUUUUUCUCAAUAAUUGAAAAAUUUUGUGUAAUAUUUGCGCUAUAAGAUCUUGCAAAAAGUUUGCCAAAUUUUCUUCCCCCAUACGUAAGUAUACCGGUUAAUAAUGAAAAUUUCAAAAGAAACCUUAAAAAUCGUUUUGUGCAAACCUUUUGGCAAAAUUUUUGUACCUUUCCAUAUGACUUGUGGAAGUCGUUCCAACGGAAUCUCUUUACUCAGCUGCUUAGGUUUUAAUUAUCACAUUUUUUUUUAAUUAAGUUAGUGAACCAAGACUUGAACGAUUGGAAAAUAACGAUCAAUUUAAUAUCACUUCUAUCCUGAGAUAACUUAAGGUUAAAAAAGAAAAAAUACUUUCCAAUUAAUUUGGUCAGCUUUAGAACAGAUUCAGGCAGAUGAAGGCAGUUGUAAUCAGAUUUUUCCCCGCUUCAUUACCAGCAUUCUAUGAUAAAUAAGUCAACGUAUGUAAAUGAUCACGUCAUCUUUAACUAUCAGAAUGAGUUUUAAGUGUAAAUUUUUAAAAAUAAUUUCUUUUCUUGCUUAUGAACUUUUGACAUUGAAGUUAAGAAGAAUUAAAAUCAAUGUUAAUUAAACUCUAAAUAUAUCUGAACAAUUAAUAACAGUCAAAUUAAACGGAUCUGAUUUUUCUGAAAAAUAGCUAAACUUCACAACAAUGCCAUGAAAUAAGAAAAAAUGAGCGACAUUGAUUUCUUUAUCUAAGGGUCAUUUCAAUAAAAACUUAACUGUCAGUUAAUAGCAAAUCUGUUCCCCUGUAACUGCUCUAACUGCUAUUGAAAUUUAACUGUUUUCUUCCAGUUAUCUAUCGCUUGGCUGAUAAAGCAACCGUGGGUUGAAUAAUAUGUAAUACGGCAGUCAUUCACAAUAAGUGAAAAAAUUCAAUAACAACGAUCUAACUAACACUUACGAAAAUCAUAAUUAUUGAUGAGAAAAGUAGUUAAUUAAUUAAACUUGUAGUUAAGAGCGCUUAUACGCCUUCGGUUCAAGUUAGAACACUGAAAUAUAACGUAUUUCUCACACAAUGUUAAGUAAAGGCAAAAAGACACUAAAACCCAAUUUCAUAUCUCUAGCUGAUCUUAGCUCUUCUAAUAAAUAGCAUAUUUUCAGGAGACAUCAAUGGAAAGAGCAAAAGUAUGUAGAAUUAGUUUCUUGGCUUAGAUAAAAAAAAAACGGUUUUCUUCAGAGAUGUUAUAAAAAUGAAAAAUUCAAAUUUUCAUACUUGACAUGUUUUAACUGUGCGAUAUACUCGCACACUCGUCAAACAUAGAGCAUGUGUAAUAUAAGAUUAGAUAGACUUAGAAGAGACUUGACAAAAUGACAAAAUUAUUUUCUAAAAUACAUUAUUUUGAAUGAAAAAAUUUGGUGAGGAAAUCCGACGAGGACGACUGGAAUCGAUCAUGACGUAUAUAUUCGUUAUACAUAAUUAAGUGGUUGGCUAAGCAUAUCGUUAAGUUUUCAACAAAUGUUCAAAAGAUAAAAGCUGGCCAGUUAGUGCGUGCGGAUCAGUGUACUCUUACGAGGAUACGACACAUGUAUCUUAACACACAUAGUUGCAAAUAAAUUUUCAUUAUUAAUCGAUAGGCUUACUACGAAUUGGCCAAAAAUACCUAAAACACUGUGCAAUGCUUUAUAAAAUAGCGUAUAUGUAUGCGUAUGUAUAUGUAUACGUAUUUAAUACCUAAUAUAUAUAUAAAUAUUGUACAGAUUUACUUUACUUCUGAUCUUCAACUCAUUGAGCGUAGAAGUCUGAAAGUCUUCUUGAUAUUAUCGCCUGAAAAUAUUUCACACGACAAAUUAAUUUAAAAGAUUUUCACAUACGAAUGAUUUUCAUCAUUCACAAAAAUAUGUAUACGAACAAUGAAAGCAAAAAUUCACACGUGCA